AUGAGGAUUGGGUUUACCGCGAAAUGCUUCCUGUACUGGAGGAAGAGCAAGGAUGGAGACUGUCUGGAUCACAGAGACUUCCAACCAGGUAAACCCAUCACUGAUGCCAUCUAUGGCAGCAGGAAAACCAUCUGUGUGAUCAGCCUGCAGAGCGAAUGGUGCUCCAGAGAGAUCCAGAUGGCCAGUUUCCGCCUGUUUGAUGAGAAGAAAGACGAGCUGAUUCUGUUGUUUUUGGAGGACAUUCCUCCUGAGCUUCUGUCUCCUUACCACCGCAUGAGAAAGCUGCUGAAGAAAUGCACCUACUUAAGCUGGUCUAAGGCUGAAAAACAUGCAGGAGUUUUCUGGCAAAACGUCCGGAAAGCUCUGCAGACAAAGAACGAUCCCCCUGAAAACCCAGGUCUCCUAACUGGACCAACACAAUGCUGAGAAAAGUGGAAGAGUGUAAUCCCAUUGACAAGCUCCCACUAAAGAUUUCUGAACAGGGAAAUCCUAAACAGCAUAAUUACUGUAUUGACCCUUUGCAACUACAUCACUUAAUCAUUCCCGGCGCCAUGAUGGACGUCGGAAGUGAGGGACGGGAGUACUAGGCAAAGCGACUGAAAUUGUUUUCCAAAGUAGUUUUUGCCAGUUUAUUCAUGGUUUCUUCUUGUUCGAGUCAAACUAAUUUGUCUGUGUACGUAACACACCUGGUUGGGGCUCACAGACGGCUGUAUUUACAAAAGUUGCAAACAGCUAGCUUAGAAACCGACCCAUACCUCCUCCCUCCUGAUGUGUUGAUCAAAUUACCGACUUUGCCUGAAUUCACACCACAUGAUUUACGUCACCGUGUCAUAAACAGCGUUUCUCCUCACACCGGAGGAGCCUUUAAAACGUAAAGACGACGAGAUGCUAACCAGUUUUUCUCCAAAAAAACUGGUGGCAUUGUCUCCAUGGUUACCAAUGGUUAGACACGUACCUUCUCCAUAACGCGAUAUUUGAUAUCUUUCUAAUUAAACUUACUUUUAAAGUAUAUGAACGUUAAUCUUCUUACCUUGUAAAAAGUGUUCGCUGCAAAUCCGCGAUUGCACCGAGGGCUGCCAGUCAUUGUGAUUAACGGCUGCUAUCCAUCGCCACCGCCAUCUUUGCUCAUUAAAAGUUAUACAAUAAGAUGACAA